AUGAGAUGGGCCCAAGAGCCCGAGCCUGAAGCGGGCUGGGGCUCUAGAACAUUAAAUAGGUUUCAGGCUCGGGCUCAAGCUAUUUCAACUGGUGCAUCGUGUCUAUUGUCAACAACACUCUUCGUAUUACUAUUUGCUUCUAUGCAAAUUUACCGAUUGCACUUAGCAUCAUCACAACUCAUGACCGUGUUUGGUGGCUUUUUAGGAUCAUUUCUUUUUCUUUUGGCAUUGACUGCCAUUGGAAAUCUUGAAAGUUAUGCGUUUGGAAAAGGAUUUCAAACAAAACUCUUUCCUGAAGUGUUAAUAAGUUUGUUGGUUGCUGUUUUUGCUUCUGGAUUAAUACACAGAGUUUGCAUAACCACAUGUUUUCUAUUCACCAUCGUUGCUCUGUAUUACAUGAACAAAAUAUCAACAAAAGUGCAUGGCACCGCUCCAAGUGCUUCAGUGGUAAAUAGUGUUCCUGAACGAAAAAGAAGAAAAUAAGUUUUGUAUUUCAUAACCUACCUUUUUGAUACUUAAAAUAAAGAUCAAUCGCCUUUGUUUGUUACA